AGACAGAGAUGGAGCAGCAGGCAGGCAGGCAGCAGCAUCUGCAUGGAAAUUGGAAACUUAAAUUUGAGAAUUUUCUAAACUCAUCAUUUACAUUACAGCCAAAUUAAUCUCUCUCUCUCUCUCUCUUUCUCUUUCUCUCUGCGAUUCCCAUGGAAAGGCAGUAAUCUUCUUACUUUCAACUCUCUUCCCGCUUUUGGAUACCCAUUGCCAUUGGUCUAUAAGGGAUUUAGCUACCCCCACCCCCCUCCUCUCCCCCUCUCUCUCUCUCUCUCCCUCUCCCUCUCCCUCUCCCUCUAGUAAUGGCGAUCAAAAGAAGCAAAGAAUCGACGCCUCCGCCCAUCAUCGGCAAGAUCGGGCCUUACACAGUCUUCAUCACUCCUCCCUCCACCCCCACCGCCGCUCCUAAUCCCCCGCCUCCUGCGCCGCCUCAGCCUCCCGCCCCGCCGGUUCAGCCUCCGCCUCAGCAGUUUAAGAAACCCGGUUCUCUGCCCCACGCCUCGGCAUUGGGGUUGGGGUUCUUCCGCAACGCCUUCGCCGAAGUCCAGAAGGCUCAUUCGAGUUUGGAUGAAUUCGUGGCACAUUGGUUCGGGUUGAAUAAAUCAAAGUACCAGUGGGCUUUGGAUGAUUCUUACGAGCAGGGAAACAAGGGAUCGGAACAGGUGGAUGCUAAGGCCAAAAAUAUAUCUGGCAAAGUACAAAACGUGUAAUAUGCAUAUUGGGCAAGUGGCCAGCAGAAUCUUUUGUAUAUAUGCUGAAAUACUGAGAGAAGUAUUCAUUUAUGUCUGACGAGGACGUUUCCCCAGCUUUCUUUGGUAUCUGGCUGUUGAUUCUCUCUCCAAAUUAUGUUGUAACAUCUGAAGCUUUUCUGUGUCAUAGGAUUCUAGUCUUGUAAUGGCUAUAAAGUUAGCCCCUUUUUUCUGGUCCUUUAGUUUCUGUGGAGCAUUUUGUUCAUGUCCUCUGUUCACAAUUAGGUCAGUGUGACUACCAGAGAGUGGUGGACUUCCUGUCUUGAAUGGAUAAUGUAUUUGAGACUUUAUAUUAAUUACAAGCAGUAUAUAAUA